AUGGAAGAAUCCACGGUCCCAGCGGCCCCGGAACCGCGCCGCGCCUCUUCCCGGUGGCAGGCGGUGUCAAAGCGAGUAUUGAUGUUGAUUCUGCACCAGUGGCUGCUGAUCGGAAUCGGUGUUGUCUGCGUGCUGGCCUACUUUUUCCCCCAAGUGGCCAAGCAUGGAGGAAUCAUCAGGAGCGAGUACAGCAUAUUGUACGGGGUGAUUGCCAUCAUCUUCCUCAUCUCCGGCCUCAGCAUUCCACGUCAGAAGCUCUUCACGCAGCUCUUGAAUUGGCGACUGCAUAUAGUGGUGCAGGUGAUAUCAUUUCUUUUUAUCCCGGCGCUGGUCUUGGCUGUGGUGCAUAUCAUCUUGGCCGGAGAUCCAAGUGGACAUAUUGAUCGAGCUGUAUUGGCGGGUUAUAUCUUCACAGCGUGUAUCCCCACGACCAUUGCUUCCAAUGUGGUCAUGACGAGGGCGGCGGGUGGUGACGAUGCGGCCGCACUGGUGGAAGUUGUGAUUGCCAAUAUCCUUGGACCCUUCGUUACCGCGGCCUGGACGGUGAGUCUGAUCCCGAAGACGACCGAGUUUGAUCCAUGGAGGUAUGGCGGCGGGAAUAUGGGCAAUAUGUACAAGAACGUGUUUCAGCAACUUGGCCUGAGUGUACUGCUGCCACUCUUUGUCGGACAGUUGGUACGAUGGACCUGGCCUGAUCGUACGGCCUGGGUGUUGCAGAAGACCAAACUUCCCAAGUGGGCCUCUUUCUGUAUGCUGCUAUUGAUUUGGUCCACGUUCUCGUCCUGCUUCGCUACGGGAGCUCUUCAGACCAUGUCAACUCAAAGCGUCAUCUUCGUCGUGCUUUUCAACAUCGCACUCUAUAUGACCCUGACCGUGGUAUGUUUUUUUGGCGCACGACCUCCGCGAUUCCUCUUCUCUUGUGGCCGGUCUGAACCACUGUUCAGGCCUAUGUCCCCGGAAGAGACGAUUGCCGUUUGCUUUUGCGGUCCAGCGAAGAGCACGGCACUGGGUAUUCCGUUGCUAUAUGCCAUGUGGGAGCCGGUCGACUUGUACACAAAUGCAAAGACUUCAGUGCCAGUACUGCUGUACACCACGGAACAAAUUGCCGUCGCGCAUUUCUUCGUCCAGAUGUUCAAGCGAUGGCAUGCACGAGUAGCUGAAAAGCAGGAUUUGGAGCACGGUCGAGACGAUGGGGCUGGUAUGGACAUGACGGAGACAUCUGCAGAGACUCAUGGCAUUAUUGAUGAUGAGCGCACAUAA